UAAGCGAAGGCAGACUGAUGAUCCAGCUGCUGUGCGCGUGAGUGUGUGCGCUGACAUGGAUCCAACUUACUGCUGAAACUGAACCCGUUACCGUGUUCGGGUGACACUCGGGGGACUUUAAAAGAGCACUUCAACUUCUUCCACAAACGCACUCAUGUGAUAUCCCCCCCCACCACCCACCCACUGUUGGAGCCAUGUCCAAGACUCUGAAGAAGAGGAAGAACCACUGGACUAACAAAGUCCACGAGAGUGUCCUUUGCAGGAAUGAGGAGGGGGAGCUGGGGCUGGAGCUGAAGGGCGGCGCAGAGAAUGGACUGUUCCCGGUUAUCGGAGAGCUUCUCCCGGGCACAGCGCUCAACCACAGCGGCAAACUCUUCCAGGAUGAACUCCUGCUGGAAGUCAAUGAUACCCCGGUGGCUGGACUCACCACCAGGGACGUGCAUGCUGUGGUCAAACACAGCAAAGACCCAGUCCGACUCAAGUGUGUCAAACAAGGGGGCGUGAUAGACAAGGACCUGCGCCACUACCUCAACCUGCGCUUCCAGAAAGGCUCAGUGGACCACGAGCUGCAGCAGAUCAUCCGGGACAACCUCUACCUCCGCACAGUCCCCUGCACAACCAGGCAGCCCAAGGAAGGAGAAGUCCCGGGGGUGGAUUAUAAUUUCGUGACCGUUGACCGGUUUAUGGAAUUGGAGAAAAGCGGAGCCCUGCUAGAGAGCGGAACAUAUGAAGAAAACUUCUACGGCACCCCGAAGCCUCCGGCCGAGCCCAGCGCUCUGCUGCUAAAUGUAACGGACCAGCUGCUGCCGGGCGCCAGACCCAGCUCCGAGGGCAAACGGAAGCGUAACAAGUCAGUCAGCAACAUGGAGAAAGCCAGCAUCGAGCCCCCCGAGGAGGAGGAGGAGGAGAGACCCAUCGUCAACGGCAAUGGCGUCGCUGUCACCCCAGAGUCGAGUGAACAUGAGGACAAGAGCACAGACGCUUCGGGUGACAUCGUCCCGCAGAUCAACCCCGUGGAGGUCCCGAUCGAGGCGCCCAAAGAGGACGGACUGUCCCCCAAAAUCACAGUACCCAAACCAGAGGACAACGACGAGCUGGGGCCGCUGCCGGACAACUGGGAGAUGGCGUACACUGAGAAAGGAGAGGUGUACUUUAUAGACCACAACACCAAGACAACAUCGUGGCUGGACCCGAGGCUAGCCAAGAAGGCAAAGCCGCCCGAGGAAUGCAAAGAUGAUGAGCUUCCAUACGGCUGGGAGAAAAUCGAUGACCCGAUCUACGGCAGCUACUAUGUGGAUCAUAUAAACAGAAGGACCCAGUUUGAGAACCCCGUCCUGGAGGCUAAACGGAGACUUCAGCAGCAGCAGCAGAUGCAAAGCCAGGGUCUGUCCUCACUGCCCCUUCCCACCAUCUACAGAGAGAAGCCGCUGUUCACGCGGGACCCCACGCAGCUGAAAGGCAGUUUCCUGUCCACGGCUCUCCAAAAGAGCAACAUGGGCUUCGGCUUCACUAUCAUCGGAGGAGACGAGCCGGACGAGUUCCUCCAGGUGAAGAGCGUUAUCCCUGAUGGGCCCGCUGCAGCUGACGGGAAGAUGGCCACAGGUGAUGUCAUCGUCUACAUCAACGAUGUGUGCUGCCUGGGCACCACCCACGCCGACGUGGUGAAACUCUUCCAGUCCGUUCCAAUCGGCCAAAGCGUCACCCUGGUCCUGUGUCGAGGAUACCCGCUCCCCUACGACCCCGAGGAGGCUGGAAACACCAACAACAACACCACCACCACCAUCAUCUCCCCGCUGGGCAUCAUGGAGCAGCGGCCGAUCAUGGUGAACGGCAGGUCAGGCUACGACACCUACCUGGACUAUCUCUCCCGCACGGCUCGCUACGUCAACGACCCCACCCAGGACCAGGUCAAUGCCCAGCAGCAGCUGCUCACCCCUCACCCAGGAGACACCCACUUAGACGGCUCCCUUCCUCCCACCACCGGGACCACGCCCCCCGACAGUGUCUCCAUGGCGUCGUCCGGGGCCACCCAAGGGGAACUACUGACUUUGACCAUGGUGAAGGGCAUGGAGGGUUUUGGAUUCACCAUCGCGGACAGCUCUACAGGCCAGCGAGUCAAACAGGUGCUGGAGCCUCUGGGCUGCCCGGGCCUGUGUGAGGGCGAUCUGAUCAUAGAGAUUAACAAGCAGCUGGUUCAAGGAUUCACACACACGCAGGUGGUGGAGCUCCUCAAGGAGUGUGCGGUCGGGACUGAGGCCUGCCUGGUGAUUCAGAGAGGUGGGACAGGUCACUAUUCACCCUGGAAGACCCCUAAGCAGGUUCUGGAUCAGUGGGAGUCCCAGCAGGGCCAGAGCAGCCCCGCUCAGACCAGCCUGUCAGCCCCUGUUAUCCCCCACAGCGCCCCCUUCCCAACACACCAUCUCCACAGGGCCUCAGUCCCUGACUCUGCCGCAGAGGCCCUGGCCCUGGCUAAACCAGACCCCUAUGACCUCUAUGAGAAGUCCAGGGCGGUCUAUGAGAGUAGGCAACCAGGCCAGCCAAGGACUGUGUUUCCUGUGGACUCCUCAGGUGCGGAGUACCAGGACAUCGAGGUGAACCUGCGCAGACAGAAGUCCGGGUUUGGUUUCCGGGUGCUGGGCGGGGACGAGGCGGGGCAGCCUGUGAGUCCGGAGACGCGUGAGAAGAUCCUGAUCGGUGCCAUCAUCGAGAAGAGUCCCGCAGACCUGGACGGACGCCUGCGGCCCGGUGACGAGCUGCUGUUCGUGGACGGGAUCCCGGUGGUGGGGAAGCCACACAGAUACGUGAUCGACUUGAUGCACGGAGCGGCACGGAACGGACAGGUCAACCUGGUGAUCAGGAGGAGGAUGCCUGCAGCAGGUGAGUCGUGUCCAGAGAACGGCCGCAGCUCGGGCUCCGUCUCCACGCAGCACAGCUCCCCCCGCAGCGACUUCACCUACGGCAACAGCACCAUCACCGCCCAGGCACCCAACGCCACCUCGGACCGCACGUCCACUCCCAACACACAACCCAGUGAUGUCAUCAUCAACCGUAAAGAGAGCGAGGGCUUCGGCUUCGUCAUCAUCAGCUCGCUCAACCGGCCCGAGGCCGCGGCCACCAACACUGUGCCCCAUAAAAUCGGCCGCAUCAUCGAGGGCAGCCCGGCCGACCGCUGCGGGAAGCUGAAGGUUGGCGACAGGAUCCUGGCGGUGAACAGCCAGAGCAUCGUCAACAUGCCGCACGCCGACAUAGUUAAGCUGAUCAAAGACGCGGGCCUCAGCGUCACCCUGAGGAUCAUCCCACAGGAAGAGAUCAGCAACCCUCCCUCGGCGCACAGCUCGGAGAAGCAGAGCCCCCUGGCCCAGCAGAACAGCCCCAAGAACCAGCCCGGCACAGCGGCCUCCCAGCCCAACGCGGCACUCGCAGAACCAAACCCUGUUGUUAACCAGGCCAACCCCGUGCCCCACCAGAGCCCAGGGACCGGGCUGCCAGUCCCGCCUCCGCAGACCUACCCUCACGAGAGCAGUUACAGGUCCGAGGUCAAAGCCAGGCAAGAUGUGAAACCCGACAUCCGACAGCCGCCGUUCACAGAUUACAGACAGCCACCUGUGGAUUACCGUCACCCCCCUGUGGCCGACUACAGACAGCCGCCCACGCUGGACUACAGACACCCGCCGCUGCUCGACUACAGACAGCUAGCUACCGACGCCCGGCAGUUCACCAUCCCAGAGUACAGGAUGCCACCUGUUCAGCUCGCGCAGGACUUCGACUUCUUCACGGUGGAGCUGGAGAAGAGCGUGAAGGGCUUCGGCUUCAGCAUCCGGGGAGGACGAGAGUACAAGAUGGACCUGUUUGUCCUUCGACUGGCCGAGGACGGACCGGCCAUCCGAAACGGCAGGAUGCGGGUAGGAGACCAAAUCAUUGAGAUCAAUGGAGAAAGCACCCGGGACAUGACCCACGCCAGGGCCAUCGAGCUGAUCAAGUCUGGAGGCAGGCGGGUUCGUCUCCUGCUGAAAAGGGGGACAGGUCAGGUCCCAGAGUACGAUAAUGCCGCCCCAUGGGAUGCUCGCCCUUCAGCCUCCCCAAGCCUGUCGGAAGUAGCCCCUCCCAUCGACAGCCUUUCCAUGCCAUCGCCUUCAUCUCAUCUGGCCCCAGCCCCCGACCAACCUCUGGACGUCCCUCGAGACCCGGCGGCAGGAGACGGCAGGAAGGAGCGUCCCAAGAGCCCCCAGAAGGCCGAGCUCCUGAAUCCAGAUCCGAUCGGCGGCAGAGCCAAGAAGGAGGGUGGCAGGUCCACCCACAAGGGGCAGAGGGUGCAGCCCGCUAAAGAAGGGGAGGGGGGCAAAGAGGGGCAGAGCGGGGAGCCCAAACCUUCCAGGAGCGGCAGAGGGAGGUCCAAGGAGAGGAAUACUCGCGAUGACAGAGAAUCUCCCAGCGUCCUGAAGCUCCCGCACACUAACGGAAACAGCCGGGAGGAUUUGGAGUCGGACAGGAGCCUGGGAGAGAGCCGGCCCAGCAAGAGCACCGGCGGCGGCGGGAGGAAGGCCACGGUCUCUCCUGGACCUUGGAAGAUCCCCGGGUCGGACAAGCUGCCGAGCACGCUGCGCACGGGGACGUCCACACUCAGCAGAUAACACCCCGGUUCCAGCAAAGUGCGGCCAAAACUCAUCUGAACUAAAGUAACCCUCAACUGUCUGAGCUCCUCUGACCCCGUUUGACCCCAUGUGACCCCCAUCCUCCCAUACACCACUCAGUCCAAACCAAGGGGGAGGCAGGGUGACCUGGACCACGUGUUUUUAGAGUUUAUUUAUGAAACUGUACUCUAAAUUAUUUGAAGAGAGAUUUUACACCCACCACCUUAAGAACUGGAAAUCAUCCACUUUUUAAAAAACCACGGGAGAGCGAGGAGAGAGAGAGAGAGCGAGUGUAGCGUUACGGGGAAUCAGUCGGGGGUUCAAACUUUGAAGACUAUUUUUUGAGUCGACCCCGAGGAGAACUGGGGACAAACAUGCAAAAUAUGAACACCUGUGUGAUUUUUAUACAGAUUUAUCUUCACAGUGGAGUCUGAUUCAUGAGAGCGAAUGGAAGAGUGAAACCGGAGAUGAAUCUACUCAUCUGCAGAACUUUGCCUUAACAGAGACUGUGGGCCUGAAUCUGUCUUGAAUAAUCUAUCAGAUGAUUAUAGACAUAGAUAUAUUAUAAUGAAUAUGAAUAUGUGGGAUCAUUUUGUAAAUAAGAUCAUCUUUAUGUGAACUUAAGUAGAGUCGAUUGAUAUCGGAGGAGGAGACGUGGACUGGAGCUCUCACUAAAAACGUCUCCUUCCUCUACGGCCGUGGCGGUCACAGUUUGGCGGCCACCGCAGCGGUCGCCUGUCAGCGCUACAGUCCUCCCGAGUUCCACGAGGACGUCAUGUCAAUCCAUUCUCUCAUUUUCUGUGCUUAACAAAGAAAGUAAACCACGACCGACAGAGGUGUCCGGAGGCGGAGCUCGCGCGAGGGGGCAGAGUGCCUUAGACUGACGGAGAGGUCGACUUUUAGGAAUCACUACAGAGGGUUUGAGACAGGCUGCUAUACAACAACAACAACAACAACACAGAUAGAGAUAAUAACUGUAUUUUUUCAUAAAGGAGAGAGAUGAUGAAAUAUAUGACUUAUUUCACAACCUCAGUCUGAGAGUGAGACGAUCAGCGGAGGUGCAGACAGCUCGUGUUCGUACAGGUGAGUUUGGGGACCUGUCACAGCUGCUGAGGUGAUUCGUUUCAGGGGACUCUGUCUACACUGUGUGAUAACAGCGAGUUCAUCUUCAUGCCAAAGCUCCAUGUUAUAGCCUACACUUAGAAAUAGGCUCUGUUUGAAAAGGUAGAAAUGCAGGUGUACAAUUUCAGACCAGGGACUGUAUGUAAACAUGGACGACACGCCUCCACUAUGAAGAGUGAAGUCAAAAUACUGCCUCGAUGUGCGCUGACAUGUUACACAGGUGAUGUAAUUUAGAGCCAAGGUAGUGAAGUCACAUCCCCAAAACCAAAACACACAUUCACCUUACCUUUAAACCAUCAGGGCUCCCUCAGGUGGGUCCAGACCUCACGUGGGUCCAGUCAGAUUCUUGCGUGGGUUGAACCAGCCACUCAAGUUUACAGAAAGUUCACUGACUCUUGUGUUAGUGUUUGUUACGUUUCCUCCCACCGUUCCUCCUCUACUCUGAUAAUCUGGUGCACACAGCCCUGCAGGAUCCUCAUUGGUCAACAGAGCUGUCAUCAUGAUGUCACACCCCCUUCUUUUUAAUAUUUAAUAACAAAUUAAAACCAAACUUCCCCGAAACAUGAGCACUUGCACGUAAACCAGCUUAAUCACUGCUAUUACAGAAGUAAUUGAUUUGAUGUGUGUUUUGAAAGAGGCUUCAGACAGCCACCAGGGGGAGCUCUGAACAUUUUGGCUUCACUUUUACCUCUUUUUCGACCGAGGCAGUUUCAGGGCUGGUUUUUCGUGUUUCGACUGUGAGUGAACCGGCUCCUGGCCGGGAAAACCCGUUCUAUAGCGGCUCCAACUCUUUGCAGGUCUAGAACCGUGAACCGCUUAAGUCAGGAGCGAGGGACGGGGAUGCUGGAUCACAAACCAAACGUGUUUCCACCAUUGUCCUGCAGCGAAAAAAAUAAAAGAGACUAAUGGAUUCCAAGGCAAAGCGUUGGUCGAAAGAAGAGGUAUUUGAAGGAUCUGUUGUGUCGUCCAUGUUUUAAUACAGUCUUUGGAUCAGACUGGUGAUGUUUUAUGAGGCCACGCCCCUCUUAGUUUCUGCUGCUGUGUCUCGUUGUCGCACAGAUCCACAUCUUUGAUUCCAGACUGAGUUAAAAAGGUCGAUGGAUUUGUACUUUCAGAGACUCCUCGUCACAUUCACCCUCUCAAUCCACAUCAAACAGGACCAUCAGUAUUAACCCACUGCAUUCGUAUUCAGUCACACACAGCAGGUCACUGGGAGCAAUUUGGGGGUCCGUGUUUUGACGACGGCGUGUGACAUGUGGAUCUCGGAUCAAAACAUCUCUCAACCUUCAGACCGAGAGGUGACGGACUGUGCCACUGAGCCACAGUCGUCCCAAACAGAAGAAGCUUCUCUGUGAAGCUGAUUUUAGAGGAGUCUAAGUCUAAGAGUCUAACCUUAGCUCCACGAGUCAGCAGAAAAAGACAGAUCCUCUCCUGAUGUAGGAACAGCUUGUUCUUGCUUUGCAGGCAGAGUUAAUUAGUCCUGGUGAUUGAGAGCUAAUUAGGUAUGACUGAAAAUAAAAAAAUCAGACUGUUAUUUCAUCACAACAUGGUGCAGACGUUCAGCGAGCAUGACUUCAUGUCUUCAUGUUUUUAGCACUUCAGGAGGCGUUCAGGUCAAAGGUGACACGGAGGAGCGUUUGAAUCGUUAAUAUUUAGCACAGUGUAACUUGAUUAUAUCUCAAAGCCCUUCAGAUAAUCAAUCAACUCUUUUUCUCCUGUGAUUGAAGGUGGAGAGGAUUUAAAGAGACAAACUUCUCUUGAAACUCUUGAAGUCUUCGCUUUUGUUUUUACGUAAAAUCAUCAAAUGAGUGGAGGAAGUACAAACAGUGUUUUAAAGAAUCAAAGAGCAGAGAGGGAGGGGGAGUCAGGAUGCUUUCAGUUGUGGUUUUAAUUACUCAAAGAACAAGGAGCCUGACGUUAAUGCACAAUCUCACUCAGAGGGGUUUUAAAUAUGAAUCACUGUGUUGGAGAAACUCAUCAGCCCUGAAGACGGCUUCACAAAAUAAAAAGCCCCCAAACUUUGACUCUACGUUACUCCGACUAAAGGUAGCAUCAGCUGCCUUCAUCCCGUCUCAGCGUGCUCCUUUAUUUCGUUCGAAGCAGAAACAAAAGAUUUCAUAUUUUUGCUCAGCUUUUGCACAUCGCACUGCUUUCCACAUCUGAGCUGUCUCCAUCGAGCCGACCUGUAAGUAAUUUUAUACAGACAGAAAAAAGACACAUCUGAAGCUCUUUUAUAUUUUACAAUGUGUGUGUGUGCGUGUAUGUGUGUGUGAGUGUGUGUGUGUGUUGACCUUACAGCACGCGAGGCACCAUGAACAGGCACCCAGACGGCUCAGUAUCACUGUGUAGUGUUCUAGCAGUGUGUAGACCCUGAACAAAUAUCUCUAUAAAUAUGACUCAGUGUACUCUCGAUGGUCACAAAGACUCGACGUGGAGCAACUAUUUUUAUGAAAUGCAACACUAUGGAUAUAUUAACUUUUGCAGAAAUCUUGUUUACCUGUAUGAUAUUCUGAAACUGUCAAAAUAAAAGAAAAUCUUGACACAUGA